UUCACAGGCUCUACUGGCUGCUCUUGAUGAAUUUUGCUGUAAACCUCUAUGCUGAUCCUGUUUACAGCUAUGCCUCUCAAUAUAGAGGUGAACCUGGAAACUUAGCUGAAGCAGAAAAUACCCCUGCAACAAGAGAACCUCUGCCACAGGAAGUUUCUUGCAGUGGCAUAAAGGGCCAAGGUCCUUGUUUUGAGAUGUUAUCAACAGGUGGCAGUAAUGAUCCAUCUUUCCAGCCUGCUAAUUACAAUGCCAUGUCCUCUUCCUCUGGAGUGACCUCACAGAGAUCAAGUUAUGGCAUCUUGCAGUUGGAAGACAAUCAUGUUUUACCAGGUUUCGCUUCUUCCUUCAACUCUAUUUCUUCUGACAGUGGUUCCAAUUUUGUCCAAAACCUGCAGCCUAUAGGUUCCAACAAAUAUUUUAAGGAUGAUCCUCCCUUUGUACCAUAUGCCCCAGUGUAUAGACUUCUAAAACCACAAGGUGUCCAUAGCUCUACUAGAACCAUGCCUUAUGCAAACUAUAACCUUCCUAUUAGCAGGUCUGUAACGUCAACCUCUAAAUCUAUACCAAAUGUUUAUAAGGCUGGAUUCUCUCAGAUUAGUUAUGAUACCACACAGCAAGUAAAUGCUUAUAACUCUGUGCCUGCUACAUAUUCAAGGAGAAAACCCUCUCUAAACAACAUGAUAAUCUCAAGUGGCCCCAUGAUAACAUUUAUUAAGCCAAAUCAGAGUAAACACCAACCUGUACCAGUUAUUGACCAAGCCCAGAAUACUUAUGAACCUCGUGCACACAUCAAGCCAUUGGUGACAGUUGACCAACCUCCUGCGGAAACUUCUAAGCCUUUCGAGCAGAGUCAAGGAAUUAACUACCAAAGGCUUACUUCCCAACCUUCAAUGAAUCAACAAUCAAGAACCACAGACCCUAAGUUUAUUCAACAGGAAAAUUCCUACAGCUCCUCAGACACAACCUACAAACCAUCAAUUUUCUUCAAACCAGCUCAAACCAUCUAUUUGCAGCGAAUAUCCAAUCCACUACAGAGUGGCCAGCAGCUAGCAGAUUUUUCACAAAAUGAUCUACAUGAAUUUAGGCCUUUUGCAUUUCCAUUGAAUAGAUUUGUAUAUAAAUUUACAAGACCUGGGUAUGACUAUGGCAGAUCUAUAAGUACAGGCACAUCAGGGCAUGUGCCAUCUAACAGUGCUAAGACAAGGGAAAGUAAUUACAAUCAAACUUUCUCCCAGUCUAGCCUUUUUUUCCCCAUGGCUGUUUAUGGUUCUCCUUACCCUGCAGUGUUUUCGGAUGACUCAACCUAUAGUAUUGCUCAGUCGGGAAAGGUGUAUGGCUCAAGUGAUGCCUAUACCUCAAAUUCUCAACCUACUUUUAGCAGUUCCAGUUUUUCUCAAAAUCCAUACUUCAAAGCCAGGCAAGGUCAAGGCUCUUAUUCUAUGUUCAGGUCACUUCAACCCAUUUACAAAUAUUUUCGAACAAGAACUCGCCAAAUGCCAACCAAGAGUUUCAAUACUUCCUUUUCUCAAAAUGAUUCUGUUCAGAAUUCUGAGCAACUAAAUCCAAUCUCUGAAGUCCAGGCUGGAUAUUUAAAAGGCUUUAAAACUGCCAUGGUCUCUGCCCCUGUCCAAAACUGUUAUCAAGGGGAAGUGCUCUCAAAACACUAAUUCUCAACUUCUGGUAUCUAUCCAGUCUCAUCUAAAUAAACCUAAAAAACCUGUUUCAUUAUUUGUCAAGCUUGCCUUUUCCAGCUGGAGAACCUGUAGCCAGCAACUACAACCAACAAACUGGACAAUCGACUCAGGUUAUCUUUUUGACAAAUUUAUU